AUGGCUCCUAAACCAACUUAUAAAAAAAUUCUAAAUAUGGAAAUACCAAAUGUUACUUUAACAGAAGAUGAUUACAGCUAUUAUCAACAAUAUUUUACUGAUAAACUUAAAGAUAAAUAUAAUUCAAAAGAACCUUUUUCAAAUCAAACACCUGCAUUUCAUAUUGAAACACAAAGAAUUAAUAAUCAAAAAAGAAGUGAAUUUAGUAAUAAUUUUAGAGAAUCCCAUUGUUAUGAUAGAGAUUAUUUUUUUACGGCCGUAAAUUCAUUAAUAGAUAAAUCCGAUGACGAUCGAGAACUGGUGCUAUCAACAGAAGAUCUACAAAAUUUAGAAAGACAAGAUUUAAAUAACCAAAAUUUAGAUGACCACAAUUUAGUAAUAUUAAAAGAAACUUCAGAUCAAGAGUUAAUUGAUGCGAAUCUAGUUCAAACAACCGUACAUUCGAAGAAUAAAGAUCGAAUCUGGCAAAAUAAUAUUAACAUUAUUAAUAGCAACUGGAAAUUCUCAUUUGAAACACUGGCCCAAACAUUUAGUAAUCAUUUUUCUGAACAAGCUUAUGAAGAGCUCAAGAUUGAACAUGGAGUUCUUGUGAAGAAUCUUAAAGACCUUGAAAUUAAUCAUAAGAAUACCAAAAAAGAACUUGAAACUGCCACGAAAGAAAAUACGAAUCUUGACAAAAAACUCACACUAAAUAAACAAGAGCUCGCAACUGCCAAUAAAGAAAAUGUGAACCUUGACAAAAAACUCACAUUAAAGGAACAAGAGCUUGAAACCACCAAUAAAGAAAAUGCUAACCUUGACAAAAAACUUUCAAUAAAAGAACAAGAGCUUGAAUCUGCCAAGAAAGAAAAUGCGAACCUCGACAAAAAAUUCACUUUAAAGAAACAAGAGCUUGAAACUGCCAAGAAAGAAAUUAUGAACCUUGACAAAAAACUCUCAAUAAAGGAAAAAGAGCUUGAAACUGCCAAGAAAGAAAAUGUGAACUUUAACAAAAAACUCACAGAAAAGGAACACGAUUAUAAAGAAUCACAAAAAAAAAUUAAAGACUUUAACAAAAAAAUUGAAUCUCUCAAAAAAGAAUAG